AUGAUUCCACUCGCGGUCAACGAGACGGGCGCGAGCCGAUUCCCACCACCCGAGCAGCUUGCGCAACAGCAGCAGAUUCCGGUGGGCGUCGCUCAACCAGCUUACAGACAGCAGCAGCAGCAGCAGCCCUUCCCGCAGCGCACCACGAGCCACCGCCAUUCCUCGGGCAUCGCGCUCGACCAGCAGACGCUCCAGCAGCUACAAGGCGGUCCGCAGCCGCCCCAAGGCUACGAGCAGCAGCCUCGCAGAGGGUCCUACCAGCCGCAGUCUUCCUACGCGCCAGAGCCCAAGAAGCAAGGCCUCCGCAGCCGCCUCGGGCUUACCAGUCACAAAGAAGACGACCGCUCCAAGGCUGCUAAAGUCGGGCGACGCGUCUCGGUGCGCAAGAGCGACCCGCGCGAGCUCGAAUACCGGCAGCAGGAGGAAAAUCGCCUGCGAGCUGCGCAGUGGAAUCAGCGGCACGGGCAGCACGGAUCCAGCUCGCAUCUCGCACCCUCCGACGAGCACGACGAGGACGACCUCGACCCAUUCCUGCAGCAGGAAGACGAGCCUCCUCGGGCGCCGCCCAAAGACGCGCCAUACCAGGGCCAUCCGCAGCAGCCUCCGCAGCAAUAUUCGCCCAACCCGCACCAGGAGCAGUACAACCGGCCCCCACUCGCUAGACACGCACAACAGCAACCGCCUCAGGGUCCGCCAGAGCCUCAGGUGCAGAACCCUCGCUACUCGCAGCAAUCGCAACACUCCCCCCAACAGCCUCAGCCGCACCAAGGCCAAGACUUUCAGCAGCUGCAGCACGGUCGCUCGCCUCCCCAAGCACAAGGCGAGCCGAACGCUCCUCCGCCGUCGCAACAAGUUCCGCAGAUCGUCCAAGGAGGCCAGCCGAUCGACGGUCAGCAUUCGCAGCAGCUCCGACCUCCGUCCUCACACGCAUCGCUUGCCCCACCCUCGCCCCUCCAAUCGCAGCCUCCCAUCUUCCAGGCCUACGACCAGCAGGGACAGCCGUCCCCGUCCACUGACCCUCACUCGCAGAGCGUCACUCCGCCCCAGCAAGACAACAUGCCGCCGGCGAACAGUGGGCAGCGCAAUACCUUGAGGAAAGUGAACGAUGGAGGCCAGCAACAGGCUCCACCCUCGCGCGAGAGCUCGCUUCUGCAGCAGAAUUCAACACAAGGUCAGGCUCAAGGACAAACGCCUGUCUCACCGGGCAUUCAGACUUUUGGCGCUAACGUCGUGCCAACAGCUUCGCAGGGGCAGCCAUACCGAGGAGAGAAAGGCCAGAAUCCGCAGAGUGGGGAGAUGGGUCGGGCAACACCACCGCCGCGAGCUGCGGCUGACAUGUCGGACGACGAGAUAGCUCAACUGAUCAAAGACCAUGACGUCUUGCGCGAAAAGUAUCAAAAGGUCAAGCGAUACUUCUUCGAGCAGCAAACCCAAGUACAUCAGCUGCAAAACACCCUCGCAAACCAGCGUCUCUCCCUGUCGCGCACAUCUUGGGACGAUAGCGAAUACGCUACUCGCUUCAACAGGUUAGACGGGUUGAUAGCACAACUUUCCUUCGCGAUCCGUAAGGAUUGGAAGGCGAUUCCGCCCUGGCUGCAGCCUGUCGUGAACAAGACUGCUGUAGAGACUGGCAAGCAGGAGAUGACUGCGGUCGGACGCGCUUUCAUCUCGCAGUGGCUGGUCGAGAACAUCUUCGACAAGUACUUCCACCCUGAUCUUGAGACUGGGCUCUCGACCCAGCUGAAGACCAUCCAACUGAACAUACGGAAAUACGCUGCGACCUGCCACACCACUGAAGAUGAAGAUGCUCUUAACGCGAAAGUCAUCAACUGGCGUUUGGCGACUCUAGAAGGAUUGGCGGAUCAGCUUAAAGCUGCCCAGAAUGGGCCAAACCGAGCGACAUUGACCGAAACACUGAACGAGAAGCUCAUCGGCUCUAUACAGAUGUAUCUCAACGACCCUGCACCUCCGGAUCUGAACGGAGGAGUCCCUAUGAUCAUUGAAUUAGCUAUCAGCGUCGCACAACAUCUUCCGCUCGAGAGCCGGGAGGUGCAGAUUGAGUACUUUUACCCAGGACAGGGCCUUGUCUCUGAGUUCAUGAAGAUGGAGUCUGGCAUUCCCGCCUUGACAGACCCCAUCCGAGAACUCGAUGAGGCAGACCGCGCGUCUUUGCGAAGUGUGGCGUCCAAGGUAGACGACAAUGCAUCAGUUGGGGAACCGGAGCAGUUGAAUCAGCAAACAACCAAGGAGCCUGCAGACAAGAAGCGAAGUAUGUUCGGGUUCGGCGGGUCGAAGAAGCCGUCUCAGACUCCAGCUACACUUGGCAAGCGCGAAUCGUCUCUGGGCCACCAACCUAAUCCAAGCCAGCAAAGUCUGUCGCUGCCCUCAAAGGAUGAUGCUCCUCAGCCGAGAGUUCGUUUGUCUGUUGGUGUAGCGGUGCAAAUCCGCGGCAAGAGCAUUUUGAUCAAAGCGCCUGUGUACAGCACCUAG